GAUUCCUCUGUGUGGGUGUGUUUAAGUUUCUUGCAUCACAGACUAGCUACACAUUUUAUGGAAAGCAAGCGACUGAAGCAAAGGUUCAUUCCACCGCUUGAAGCCUCUGCACUUGUCUGUCUGAUCUGAUGCUUGGCUUUUUCGGGCGCCUGGACUAGCCCUGACUGAAUCAUGUCAGACAGCAUCCUGGAAGACACCUUCAUCAAACGAUCCCAGCAGAAGAAGAAGACGUCCCCUUUAAACUACAAGGAGAGAUGGUUCGUCCUCACCCAGGAAAAAAUCGCCUACUAUGAUUAUGAUCCUGAUAAAUUGAAGCGAAAAGGUUUGAGGGGGUCAGUUGACCUCGAGAAGGUCAAGUGUGUGGAGACGGUCCAGCCAGAGCCCAAUGCACCACAAGAGCGCAUGUUUGCAUUCCAGAUCGUUUACGAUGAAGGGCCCCUAUACAUCUUUGCAAAGUCUGAUGAUAUCCGGGCUCAGUGGAUAAAGAAGCUGAAAGAAUUGGUGCGCUUCAACAAAGAUCUGAUGCAGAAGUACCAUCCUUGUUUCUGGGUCGACGGGGUGUGGCUGUGCUGUCAGCAGGAAGUUAAACAAGCUAUGGGUUGCAAAGUGCUGGAUAGUAAGAAUGGUUUUACAUCCAAAGCAUCUCGGCGAAAAGGAUCCAGGAAACCUCUUCCUCCAACGCCAACAGAGGAAAAGCCUGGCCGACCUUUACCUCCACAGCCUCCUGAGCCAUCAGGCCCUUCUGUAGGCAUGACCGUCAUAGCAGAGUACGGUUACACGCCCAUGACACCCCAGGACCUGGAGCUGAGGAAGGAUGAGGAAUACAUCAUUCUAGAGAUGUCUGACGCCAACUGGUGGAGAGCCCGAGACAAAUACGGUAAAGAAGGAUAUAUACCAAGUAACUAUGUAGUGGAGGCAGAAAAUGGACUAGAAAGAUUUGACUGGUAUUGCAAGAAUAUGAACCGUAGCCAAGCAGAAAAGCUGUUAAAGACUGAGAACAAAGAUGGCGGCUUUCUGGUACGGGACUCAAGCAAGGCUGGGAAAUACACCGUGUCCUUGCUCAGUAAAGGAAGCGGGGAAACAAGUGGAAGCUGCAGACAUUAUAAUAUCUGCACCACCGCGCAGGGCCAGUUUUACCUGGCGGAGAAACAUAAUUUCAACACCAUUGCAGAGCUCAUCAACUACCACCAGCACAAUGCAGCAGGUAUGGUUAGCAGGCUGAAAUACAUUGUAUCUAACCGAACUCGGCCUCCAUCAACAGCAGGGCUCGGCUAUGGCGUGUGGGAGAUCGACCCGCACCAUCUCACCUUCAUCAAGGAGUUGGGAAAUGGUCAGUUUGGAGUGGUGAAGUAUGGAAAGUGGCAGGGCCAGCAUGAUGUGGCCAUUAAGAUGAUUAAAGAGGGAUCCAUGUCAGAAGACGAUUUCAUAGAGGAAGCCAAAAUCAUGAUGAAGCUUCGCCAUGAGAACCUGGUCCAGCUCUAUGGCGUCUGCACCAAACAGAGGCCUAUUUACAUCGUGACCGAGUUCCUUUCAAACGGCUGCCUGCUGACAUACCUGAGGGAAGGCCUGAAGCAGCACCCAACAGCUGUCCAGCUCCUAGAAAUGUGUAAAGACGUCUCAGAGGGCAUGGCCUAUCUCGAGUCAAAGCAGUACAUCCACAGAGACCUGGCUGCCAGGAACUGCUUAGUAGACGGAAAUGGCACUGUAAAAGUGACUGACUUUGGCCUAUCACGGUAUGUUUUAGAUGACGAGUACACAAGCUCAGCAGGUUCAAAGUUUCCUGUUCGCUGGUCGCCUCCUGAAGUCCUUCUUUACUGUAAAUUCAGUAGCAAGUCAGAUAUCUGGGCAUAUGGGGUACUAAUGUGGGAGGUGUACACUCUGGGACGGCUUCCGUAUGAGCGCCUCAACAACACGGAAAUAGUGGAUCAGGUGUCCCGGGGCCUACGUCUCUUCCGCCCCCAGCUGGCGAACGAGAAGGUCUACAGCAUUAUGACGAGCUGCUGGCUUGACAAAGCAGAUGAGAGACCCACCUUUCAGGAGCUGUCACUGACUGUUCAAGACUUGCUUUAUGAACUCCAGUAAAACCAAUCCAAUGACACAGAGACAAACAGUUCGCUGUGUCCUCAAAAGAAUAGCAUCUCCAUAUGUCCCUGGAUCAUUAAAACACCUUCAACGCGGGGCUUUACAACCACUCCAGUGUCCUCUGUACUGUGAAUUUGUGUAAAGUUAAUGUCACUAUUACUCUCUGAUUAGACGAACCUUACAAUCACGGUAGCGGACGAAUGGCUGUACAACAUUUGAAAUGUGUAUAUUUUAGUUUAGUUCGUUGGAAUAAAAAUGUAUCUGUUUUACUGUAUUCUGUAAUGUAGACACAUUUGCCUGUUUAACAAGCUUUGUAAGCGCAUAUGUAUUGCACAAAUAAAAGCCAAGUAUGCUGGGCUAUGAAGUGACUAAAAUAUCACGUGAAAAU